AUGAUGUGGAAUAUCUGCAUAUUUAUCACUAUUCUUCUGCUGAUUCUCAACAAUGAAAUAUCAGCUCUUUCGUUCAAUCAACCAAAGUUUUCCUCAACACCCAUUUGGAAUUCCAAUGGAAUUACCUUAGCCAAUCAAUCGAUCGUUGGGCAACAUCCUCGCGCUAUUUUUGUGAACACAAACAACACAAUCUAUGUGGCUAAUGGAGAUGAUAAUACAAUUGUAAUAUGGGAAGAAGAAAAUGUGAAUCCAACAAAGAUCAUUCCUGGUAAUUUCACGGCACCCUUGUCUCUCUUCGUGACAUCGAAUGGUGAUAUUUAUAUUGGUGAUGGUGAUGACAAUGGUCGAGUGCAGAGAUGGAGUGCAGAAACAAGUAUCUUUGUCACAGUGAUGAAUAUCAACUCAUCAUGUUUUGGUUUAUUUGUUGAUAUCAAUGAUACUCUUUACUGCUCAAUGCCUCAUGAGUGUCAAGUAGUGAAAAGAUCAUUAAAUGAUGCUGUUAUGACUUCAAAUCGUGUUGCUGCUGGAACAGGUAUUGCAGGAUUAGCUUCAAAUCAACUCAAUUAUCCUCUUGGAAUCUUUGUUGAUGAGAAUUUGGAUUUAUAUGUGACGGAUUGUGGAAAUGAUCGAGUACAGUUGUUUCAGUCAGGAGAAUCAAAUGGCAUCACAGUAGCCGGAAGUACAUCACUCAAUCCAACAAUUACACUUAAUUGCCCAAGUGGAAUUAUAUUAGAUGCUGAGAAAUAUUUAUUCAUUGCGGAUAAUAACAAUAAUCGUAUCGUUGGUUCAGGUUUGAAUGGUUUUCGAUGUUUAGUUGGAUGUAAUGGAUGGGGUUCACAAUCCAAUCAAUUAGAUGGUUCAUUUAGUUUGAGUUUUGAUCGUUUUGGAAACAUGUUUGUUACUGAUCAAUCAAAUCAUCGAAUUCAAAAAUUUUUACUGAUGAAAGAUUCUUUUGCUCUUUCAUUCAAUCAACCAAAGUUUUGUCCAACAGCUACUUGGAAUUCCAAUGGAAUUACGUUUGCUAAUCAAUCAAUUAUUAGUGAAGAUCCUCGUGCUAUUUUUGUGAACACAAACAACACAAUCUAUGUCGCUAAUGGAGACAAUAACACAAUUCUAAUAUGGCAAGAAGAGAAUAUCGAUCCGACAAUGGUUAUUCACGGUAAUUUUGCAGAAUCCUUGUCUCUCUUCGUGACAUCAAAUGGUGAUAUUUAUAUUGGUGAUGGUGAUGACAAUGGUCGAGUGCAGAGAUGGAGUGUAGAAACAAGUAUCUUUGUCAUAGUGAUGAAUGUGAGUUCAUCAUGUUAUGGUUUGUUUAUCGAUAUCAAGAAUACUCUUUACUGUUCAAUGGCUAAUCAUCAUCAAGUAGUGAAGAGGUCAUUAAAUGAUCCUCUGACGACUUCAAAUCGUGUUGCUGCUGGAACAGGUGUCGAAGGAUCAGACUCGAAUCAAUUCGAUGGUCCUCUUGGAAUCUUUGUCGAUGUGAAUUUGGAUUUAUAUGUGACGGAUUGUCGAAAUAAUCGAGUUCAGUUGUUCCAGUCAGGAGAAUUAAAUGGUACCACAGUGGCUGGAAGUGGUUCACUCAAUCCAACAAUUACACUUAGUUGCCCAAGUGGAAUCAUAUUGGAUGCUGAGAAAUAUUUAUUCAUUGUGGACUAUGGCAAUAAUCGUAUCGUUGGUUCAGGUUUGAAUGGUUUUCGAUGUUUAGUUGGAUGUUAUGGAGAAGGUUCACAAUCCAAUCAAUUAAUUUAUCCAUUUAGUUUUAGUUUCGACAGUUAUGGAAAUAUAUUUGUUACCGAUCAAGUAAAUCAUCGAAUUCAAAAAUUUCGAUAUUUGGAAGAAUCAUGUGGUCUGACGACAACAACAGCUAUGAUAACAGCAACAACGACAAUAACACCAAUGAAAACAACAACAGCAACGACAACAACAGAAACAAUGAAAACAACAGCAACGACAACAACGGGGAGAACAACAGUAUCAGCAACAGCGAUGACAGCAACAACACUAUCAACAACAGUAACAACGAUGACAACAACAACAAUGUCAGCAACAACGAUGACAACAACAACAAUAUCAACAACAACGACGACGACGACGACGACGGUAACAACAACAAGCAGUUCAGGUGCUGUAACAACAACGACGACGACGGUAACAACAACAUCAGCGACGACAACAACAAGCAAUUCAGGUGCUGUAACAACAUGGUUCUCGUCUAAAUUUGGGCAAUUUGGAUUCUUUGUACCAACUGCUCUUGUUUAUUUAAUCUAUAUUCAGAAUUAG